GCCGCUCCGGGCCGGGCCUCCCGGGACCCCCGCGGCUGGGGCGGGGGGCGGCGUCCCGCAGGGCUGCCGCGCGGCGCGGGCCGGUGGUCCAGGGUGCGGGGAGCGGAUUCAGCGCCGGGUGGGUGGCGGCUGCCGCCUCGGGGCGCGGGGUGGGCGGCUGGCGGCCCCUGGACCCCUAGUCGCGAAACCUGUCGUCUCGUCCUGGCGCUCGGCUGCCGGUUCCGAAGGCCCACCCGCUUUGGGGUCCAGGUCCCUCCUGGACGUGGACUCAAGUUUCACUCUUUGGAGUGUGCGGCUGGGGGCUGACGCUGCACGGCAUCCCGUUAGAGCAUCCCUGCCGGGAGCCCCCCACGUUCUCCCUCCAGCCCCCUUGGGACCCACCGGGCUGCGUCUGCAGGAGCGGUUCCCCUCUCCAGCCCCCGCUGGGCGGGGGUUCUCCGCGGCGUCCCCUUUUCCUCCCAAGCUCUGCAGCUCCUGCGGUGGGCCGUGCAGGGCCAGCUUCUGCAAGGUUCCCCGCACCCCUUGCUGUCCUCUUCCUGGCCUCCCCCAGACGGCCGUGGGGUGCACCGUUCCCAGGGGCCAGCUGCCAUCUCACAGAGAGGGGCUGUGUCUUUAGACAGACAAGCCUCGUGGGCGAACAGCCCCGGUGGACAGCCGAGCCCUGAGCCUCAGAUGCCACCCGGCAGAGCCAGGCCGGCAGCAGACAUGGUGUCCCCAGGGUCCGGCCCACCGCCCAGCAGCCCCAUGGCCACUGAGCAGCUCCUGGCCCAGCUGUGCGCCCGGGUGGACCUGCGCUUGGGCUGCUCCCGCUGCACCCAGCGAAUCAACGAGAGCACCUACCUCCUGCGUGCGGUGGAGCACAGCUGCCCCCACGAGAUCCUGCUGGCGCGCCUCAAGCGCACCACCCAGAGUGGGGACUGGCGCAAGGUGGCCCGCCGGCCCAGCUUCCCGCGGCCCGCGCGCUAUCAGGUCUGCCGUUACUACAGCCCGGGGCUGGGCUGCCGCCGGCACUGCAACCGGUGUACCUUCGCCUGGAGCCCCGAGGAGGCGCUUGUCUGGACCUUCGAGCGCGAGCGCGGCGUAGGCCGGCUGUGGCUGAAGGCCGCCGUGCAGGGUGGCAGGGCCCAGGGCGAGCCGCACUGCCCCGCGGACGCCAUCCGUGCGGAGUUUGGCGGCCACUUCCAGCUGCUCUGUUCCCACUGCUUCCGGCGCUGUCCCCCGCACCUCUGCCCCGUGGACCCCCAGGGACGGUGCCCCAAGCACGGAGCCUGCCCCUCACUCCUGACCCACGUGAGCACGGAGGGGCACCACAAGCAGCAGGUCGUGGAGGUGCGGCCGCAGCCUCGGUAUGGUCAGCGGCUGGCGUACUGCAAGUUCCUGGGACGCGGGCGGCCGUGCCGACACGGGGCAGCCCGAUGCCAGUAUGCACACAGUGCCGUGGAGAUGGCCGUGUGGGAGGCCGAGCAGCUGAGUGGGCUCCGGCGGGGGGACCUGCUCACGCCCCUUGCUCCCCCGGGGGAUGGGCACACAGCCCCCUGCGGCCAGCUCCCUGGAGUGCAGCUAUACUGCCACGCCUGCCUGGUCACCUGCCACUCCCAGGAGGCCUUUGAGAACCACUGCUCAUCCCUGGAGCAUAUGCAGAUGGUGGCCUUGGACCAGGUCGUGCUGUGGGAGCACCGCAGCCCACCCACAGGGCUAUCCACAUUCGAGCUCUGUCCCAGGCCUGCACUCUGUGAGUAUGGGGAUGUGUGCACCAAGGCCCAUUCGGAAGCUGAGCUGCAGGAGUGGGUCCAGCGGGCACGGAACACAGAGCUGUGGGAGCAGGCGGCCUGGAGGGAGGGGCUGGUGCCCUACCAGGCGAGGCUGCUGGCCGAGUACCAGCGCAGUAGCAGUGAGGUCCUGGUGCUGGCUGAGACUGUCAAUGGCGUGUCUGUGUCCUGUGGCCAGCCCCUUCUGCACCAGACCCAGAAGAAGAGAACUCAGCACAGCUGGACGUUCACCGUCCAUUCCGAGGAGCCCCUGCAGCAUGUGGCCCUGCUCAAGCAGGAGCCAGGAGCAGACUUCUCGCUGGUGGCACCCUGCCUCCCACCGGGCCAGCUCUAUGCACAGGGAGAGCGCUUCCGUGUGCCCGAUUGCCCUGCCGCGUUCCGGGUGGGGGUGCACGUGCAAAGCACCUCCUUCGGCACCUUCGAGCAGUGGGUGGUCUUCGACUUCGGUCGCCGGCCAGCCUUGUUGCGGAAGCUUCAGCUGCAGCUAGGCCAGGCGCCCUGCCUGGGGCUCAGCGAGCAGGCAGCGCCCAGCCACACCCGGGAGCUGGAGCUCUGGAAUGCCGGCAACCGCCGCGUGGUGCCUGAUGUGGAGCUGACGGCUGAGCAGGCAGCCCUGAUGGCCAAGUACAAGGUGCCCGCCCUGGCCCUAGAGUUCAGGCGCGGUGGCCUGGCACCCGGUCCCAUCUCCCGUGCCAACUACCGGCAGAGGAUGCACCAGUUUCUCUAUGAGGAGGAGGCUGCCCAGCAACAGCUGGUGGCCAGGCUGAACCUCCGGGGCCCAGUGUCCCUGAAGACAGCGGUCCAGACGCCAGCCCUGGGCAUGCUCUUCCCGCUGCCGGGAGGCCUGUACGCUGAGGUCCGCAUCCCCUCCUCCAUGACACCAGACACGGACCAGGGCUUUCUGCUGAGCCGGGCGGUCAGCACAGCCCUUGUGGCCCCUGUGCCCACACCUGAUGACACGGUGUUUGAGGUGCGGCUGGAGACACGCGCCAGCUCAGAGGAGAAGUUCUGGCUGCAGUUGCCUGCUCACUGCUGCACGGCCCUGGGGCUGCAGCCCGAGGCCAGCCCAGUCCUGGAGGUGCAGUUCCAGAUCGACCCGCUGACCUUCCGCUUCUGGCACCAGGCAGUAGACGCACUGCCCGACGAGCGCCUGGUGGUGCCCGACCUGCAGGCCUGUGCCCUGCCCCGCCCUCAGCCCACCCUGCCCACCCUGCACGGCAACCCCAAGCAGAAGCUGGCCGUGGCCUUCAUCAUGGGCAGCAGCCCUGGGGGCACACAGCCCGUGGCCCCACUGCUCAUCUAUGGCCCCUUUGGCACAGGCAAGACCUACACGCUGGCCAUGGCCUCCCUGGAGGUCAUCCGGCAGCCCCACACCAAGGUGCUCAUCUGUACGCACACCAACAGUGCAGCCGACAUCUACAUCGAGGAGCAUUUCCAUGGCUACGUCAGCAGCGGCCACCCUGAGGCUGCUCCGCUCCGAGUGAUGUACACAGACCGCCCACCCAGCCAGACAGACGCCACCACGCUGCAGUACUGCUGCCUGACCGCGGACCACCGCGCCUUCCGCCCGCCAACGCGGGCCGAGCUGGAGCAGCGCCGCAUCGUGGUCGCCACCACGUCCCAGGCCCGCGAGCUCAGGGUGCCCGCCGGCUUCUUCUCGCACAUCCUGGUGGACGAGGCCGCCCAGAUGCUGGAGUGCGAGGCGCUGACCCCGCUGCGCUACGCCUCGCCCAGCACCCGCGUGGUGCUGGCGGGCGACCACAUGCAGGUCUCGCCCCGCCUCUUCAGCGUGGCCAGGGCGCAGGCGGCCGGGCACACGCUGCUGCACCGCAUGUUCCGGCACUACCAGCAGCAGCCGCACGAGGCCGCCCGGCGCAGCCGCGUCGUCUUCCACGAGAACUACCGCAGCACCGCGGCCAUCAUAGGCUUCAUCUCGCGCCACUUCUAUGUGGCCAAGGGCAACCCCAUCCACGCCAGCGGCAAGGUGCCUCGCCACCCCCGGCACUAUCCACUCAUGUUCUGCCAUGUGGCAGGCAAACCCGAGCGCGACAUGUCGAUGACGUCCUGGCUCAACACAGCAGAGAUCGUCCAGGUUGUUGAGAAGGUGCAAGAGGUCUAUGACACCUGGCCCCGCUGCUGGGGCACCCGGGAGCAGAGGCAUAUUUGUGCCGUGUCCCACGGUGCGCAGGUGAGCGCACUGAGGCAGGAGCUGAGGAAGAGGGACCUGGGCCAGGUGUCUGUGGGCAGCUUUGAGAUCUUGCCAGGGCGAGAGUUCCGGGUGGUGGUGCUGAGCACCGUUCACAACCACCAGAGCCUGCAGAGCCGGGGGGCGCCUGCCCUGGAGUUCUUCACUGAUGCCCGCGUGCUCAACACCGUCAUGACGCGCGCCCAGUCCCAGGUGGUUGCCGUGGGCGACGCUGUAGCCCUGUGUUCCUAUGGGGCCUGCAGCAAACUUUGGAAGAGCUACAUCCGUGAGUGCGUGGAGCACCACAGUGUGUGCCCCGAGGGCCUGUCGCUGGAGCAAAUUGAGCAGGGUGUGGCCCACAGGCGGCGCUGGGCCCACUGCCAGCAGCCUACAGCCCUUCCAGCAGAGGGAUCUGUGGCCGCGGUGGCAGGGGACACUGUCCCAGAGGAGAGAGCAGCAGGGGACCCAGCCAAAGAGCAUGUGGCCACAGCGAAGGUCGAGCAGGGGGCAGUGGCCAAGGGGUAUGCGUUCCUGUCCAGGAUCUUGGCGGCAGGGGAUGCGGCCGCACCAAAGGCAGAGGUUGGGGACACAGCAUCAGCGUCUGUGGCCGCCAGGUGCCCUGCAGUGGGAGAGGCAGCCACAGUGCACGUGGAGGCGGGGGACGCAGCAUCAGCAGGGACAGGGAGCACAGCCCCUGCGAACACAACGGCAGAGCUGAUGACCCCAGAGAGCAGGGGGCCUGAGGACCCCGAGGACGCUGAGGACUCCGAGUCUGACUUCUGGCCUUCCGACGGGGAGCUGAAUGCUGAUGACUCUAUCCUGCAGGAGCUCCUGGAUGAGGCUCAGAAGGUGAUGGUGACCGUCCGGGAGGACGGGCUGCUGGACACCAUCGCCAGGCCUGCGUCCCCACUCCAGGCCCGGCAGUACGUGAACCUGCCACGGGCCACGCUGCGGCGGCUGCUCCACACACAGCCCGAGCUGUACCACCGCUGUGCCUUCGUGCAGGAGACCUUUGAGCGGGCAACAGCCAUCCCGCUGGACAACGUGGGUCCUGGUGCCAUCCAGGUUAGGGGCCGCCUGCGCUGCGGAAUGGCCUUCACUGGGGACGAGGUGCUGGUGAAGGUCCUUGGUGGCGGCGGUGGCCCUGCAGGGCGGCUGCAGGGCUGCGUGGUGGGUGUGCUCAAGAGGAAGUGCCGCCAGCUGGCAUUCGUGUGCCGCAUGGACGAGUGGGAUCCGCGCAUCAUGACGCCCCUCGACAGCUCCGUGACCAAGAUCUUCGUGGCUGAACUGAAGGACCCCCUCCAAGUGCCCAUCUACCGCCUGCUGCAGGGCCGCAUGCAGCGCGUGGGGUAUGAGCGGCUCACGGCCGAGGCCCGGCACAGCCGGCUCUUCUGGGUGCGCAUGGUCCUGUGGCAGGAGCGCUUCUAUUACCCCCUGGGCAUUGUCCUAGAGGUGCUGCCUGAGGCCACCUCCUGGGAGCAGGGCCUCCGCAUCCUGGACCUGGAGUUUGGCCUGAGGGAGCCCUCGCCAGACCCGGCCUUGGUCUCCAAGGCUCUGCAGAAGCAGCUCACAGAGCUCAGCAGGGCACCCGGCUGUCGGGAGGACUGCCGUGGCUUCCUGACCUUCACCGUGGACCCCCAGGGUGCCUGUAACCUUGACGAUGCCCUCAGCGUCCGGGACCUGGGCCCCAGGUAUGAGGUGGCCGUGCACAUAGCCGACGUGGCCACCUCUGUGCCCAGGGACGGGGCACUGGACGUCGAGGCCCGCCGGCAGGGCACCGUGUUCUAUGCCCCCAACCGAGAGCCAGUGCCCAUGCUGCCAACCGACCUCUGUCAGGACGUGCUCAGCCUCCUACCAGGCCAGGACCGCUUGGCCAUCUCCCUCUUUCUCACCGUGGAGAAGAGCAGCGACCAGGUCAAGAGUCUGCGCUUCGCACCCUCUGUAAUCCGCUCUGACCGCCAGCUGUCCUAUGAGGAGGCCGAGCAGGUGAUCAAGGGACACCCAGGUGCCGGCCUUGAGCUGCCAGCCCGCCUGGACUCCAUGGAUGCCUGCCUUGUGGCCGCAUGCCACCUUUCCCGCGUGCUCCGCCGGCGCCGUCUGGAGGCCGACUGCCACUACGAGCAGCCAGAUGAGGACAGUGCUCUGGGCUUCCGUGCAGCCCACAUCAUGGUCAAGGAGUACAUGAUCCAGUUCAACAGCCUGGUGGCCGAGUUCCUGGUGGGCAGCAAGUCCACCCAGACGGUCACACCCUUGCGGUGUCAGCCGGCACCCAGCGGCCGCCAGCUUGAAGCCCUGUGCAGGAAGCACGGAGAGCUAGUGCCCCUGUCACUGCACCUCCGCCACCACCUGCAUGGCUGCGGCCCCGCCAACACGCAGCUCUGCCUCCUGGCCUCCGUGUGGAGGCACCUCCAGCUUGCGGCCCAUGCCCAGGACUUGGACUGGCUGGUGGACGUCAUCACCUCGGAUGACAUGCACCCCUCACUGGCUCCUGUGAGCCUUGACUUCCGUAAGGCCCUGGGCCGCUCUGCUUUCAGACGCUCCGCUGAGGGCGAGCAGCAGGCAGCUGGCCACUACUCCCUGCAGGUGGGCUGGUACACGUGGGCGACCUCACCCAUUCGCAGGUACCUGGACUUGGUGGUGCAGCGGCAGAUGCUGCUGGCUCUGGGCCAAGGGGGCUCCAUCUACUCUGCCAGGGAAAUUGAUGGGCUGUGCCAGGACUUCAGCCACCAGCAUGCGCGUGCCCAGAGCUACCAGCGCCAGGCCUGCAGCCUGCACCUGGCUCUACAGCUCAAGGCCCAGCCACACAGCAAGCUGGGCUUCACGGUGGACAUGGAGGCGGGCGCCCGCAGCUUCAAGCUGCUCUUCCCAGCCAACCGUGAGAGCCUGCCCGACCCCUGCCCUGUCCACUACCGCUCCCUGCAGCUGGCCGAGCACCCCCAGGACCUGGUGAGCCGGCCGGGCGUGAAGCUCACGUGGCGGCGCCGCAUCUACUCGUUGAGGGAAGACGGGCCGUGCCCCCCACUGCCUGGCACCCUACGCGACCCCCAUGUCUGGCCUAUUGGUGCUGCCCUGUGGCAGCAGCUGCUGGAGCUGGUGGAGGAGCAGCGCUGGCCAGAGGCGGCUGCCCUGGUGCGGGAGCAGGGUGCCACGGGACCCAGGCCAUGGGAGCUGGGGCGGGUGUGGCGGAGCCGUUGCGGCCACUUCGUGGAGGUGGCCCGGGAGCUGGGUGGUGGGGACACGCUGCAAGUGCAGCUGAAUGCCACUAUGCGGAGGGGGUUCCUGGUGCCAGCCCUGCAGCUGUGGACCGUCACACCUGGCCUCAGCCUCUGCCUGGAACACGUGGAGCGGCCAGGCCACUGCUUCUUGGGCUGCACACCCAAGGCCGGGCGGGACCUGUGCCACAACGUGGAGGAGUACAUCUGCGUGUGGGGGCCCUUCAGCUGCCUGGAGUCAGCCACCAGCGCAGUUGCUGAGAACGACUCCAUCACGCUGCAGCAUGUGAGCAUGUCCUGGGCAGUGGAGCGGACCACCUCGGGGCAGCUGCAGGGCUCCUUCUGCCUGGAGGCAGCCUUCCUCCGUGAGCACUGCAUCGACAUCAGUUUUGGCCACUGCUACCUCUGCAUCCGGCUUGAGGGGCUGCCGGCCAUGCUUGAUGGAGGGGGUCCGCCUGCCGGCAAGCCCAGCAACCUCGGCCCUGCCCUGAACAUUGACCCUGACACGUACACCUGGGUGGCCCAUGGGCUGACAGAGGACAGGGACCCGAAGGAGGGGCGGGCGGACCGGCAGGAGGCCCCCAGGCAGGUACACUUCCUCAUUCACCACAUGGCUAUGGAGAAGGUUCCGGAAGAGGUGCUGAGGCCCGGCAGCCUGUUCACCAUUGAGGUGCUGCCCAAGCAGCUUCCUGACAUCCGUAAGGAAGAAGCCGUGCGAAGGCUGAAGUCUGCGUCCUCCCUGGUCAUCAGCAUCGCCUUGGGCCGGCCCAUCCCCCCACCCCGCCACCUCCCUCACCAGAGGGCCCUCCGAAGAGGUAGGUGGGGGCCCUCCUCAGCGACCCCCAGCAGGUUCCUGGAGCUACAGUCCUUUAACAUCCCCGGAGGCCGCCACAAGCUGAACCCCAGCCAGAACGGAGCCGUCAGGGAGGCUCUGAAGAAGCAGUUCACGGUCAUCCAGGGCCCACCAGGCACCGGGAAGACGGUGGUUGGCUUCCACAUUGUGUGGUGGUUUCACAAGUCAAAUGAGGAACAUGUACCAUCCUGCGGCCCCCCCAGCAGGGAGAAGCAGCUGGGGGGUCCCUGCAUCUUAUACUGUGGCCCCUCUAACAAGUCAGUGGAUGUUGUGGCAGGACUGCUCCUGAGCAGGAAGGCAGAGCUGAGGCCCCUUCGAGUGUACAGCGAGCAGGCCGAGGCCACCGAGUUCCCAGUGCCGGGCAUGGGCAGCAGGGGCCCCCCUAAGAAGACCCCUCGGGAGGGGAGGCCGAACCAGGCCCUCAGGAGCAUCAGCCUGCACCACCGCAUCCGGGGGGCCUGCAACCCCUAUGCUCCAGACAUCAAGGCAUUUGAUGCCCGGCUGCGGAAAGGGGAGAUCUUCUCCAGCGAGGACCUCAGCUGGUACAGGAAAGUCCUGGGGAAGGCACGGAGAUUUGAGGUGGACCAGCACCGUGUCAUUUUAUGCACCUGCUCGUGUGCAGCCUUGGCUGGCCUCAAGAGCCUGGAUGUCCGGCAGAUCCUCGUUGACGAGGCGGGCAUGGCCACAGAGCCUGAGACCCUCAUCCCCCUGGUGAACUUCUCUCGGGUGGAAAAGGUGGUUCUGCUUGGAGACCACAAGCAGCUUCGGCCUGUGGUCAAGAAUGAGCAGCUGCAGAACCUGGGGCUGGACCGGUCCCUCUUUGAGAGGUAUCACCGGGAUGCCUACAUGCUGGAUACACAGUACCGCAUGCACGAGGGCAUCUGCACCUUCCCCUCCAUGGAGUUCUACAAGAACAAGCUGAAGACUUGGCAGGGCCUGAGGAGGCCACCCAGUGUCCUAGGCCAUGCUGGCAAAGAGAGCUGCCCUGUCAUCUUUGGCCACGUGCAGGGUCAUGAGCAGAGCCUGCUGGUGUCCACAGAUGAAGGGAAUGAGAACUCCAAGGCAAACCUGGAGGAAGUGGCAGAGGUGGUCCGCAUUGCCAAACAGCUGACCCUGGGCAGGACAGUGAACCCCAAGGACAUCGCCAUCCUGACACCCUACAAUGCGCAGGUUGCUGAGAUCAGCAAGAGCCUCGUGCGAGAAGGUGUCACUGGAGUGACAGUGUGCUCCAUCACCAAGAGCCAGGGGAGCGAGUGGCACUAUGUGCUGGUGAGCACCGUGCGCACCUGCCCAGAGAGUGACGUGGACCAGCGCCCGACCAAGAGUUGGCUUAAGAGGUUCCUGGGCUUCCUGGUGGAUCCUCACCAAGUGAACGUGGCCAUCACCCGGGCCCAGGAGGGGCUCUGCCUCAUCGGAGACCGCCUCCUCCUGCGCUGCUGCCCUCUGUGGCGCCGGCUCCUGGACUUCUGUGAGGCCCAGCAGAGCCUGGUGCCCGCCGACCAGGUGCGGGUCCGGCAGAGGCCAGCCGUGUCUUCCUGAAGACGGGACGGUGGAACAGCCCCAGCCCCGCCCUCCCGGCUGCCGUUGGGGGCCCCGCCCCGCGGAAUCCGUGAGCCCUCCCUGGUCACUGCCGGCCCGUGUGGGCAAUGACCGGGGGUAACCGCCCUGCUGACGUGCGCACCGGCUCGGGAGGAAGGAGGAAGCCCUGGAGGCGUCCCCACCCUCCCUGCAGGGCUGCCUUGCUGGGACGUUCGGUGCCGCGGGGAGAAUCUCAGGUCCUCCGGACCAGCACCACACCUUCCAGGGUCAGGAAGGAAAUCCUGCUGGGGCUGCUCUUUGGCUUUGGACACCACCCCCUGACCCUGGGUGCCAGCCACGGAGCUUAGCUUCAGUUCCUGUUUUUAAAUAAGCCAGAAGCGGUGUCUUUUUUACUGGACCAGGGUCCUCUGCCCAAACUCAGGGCAAAGAGGCCUCCCAGGAAGAGAGGCCUUUUCUCUGCCGCCACUGCCGGUCUAACUCAGACCCACAGCUGUGUCCCUCAGGGGCAGCCUGCCCUGGCAGGGGAAGGGCAGACCAGAGCCAGUUGCCCCCACAGCCUCACCUAGACCUGCCCUUCCCAAAGGAGCCAGGUCGUGCAAUACUGCGGGCGUGUGGGUAGGGGCUGGGGCCACGCCUCCCCUGGGUGGGCUGUCCUGCGCUUCCCCGCCUGAUUGCUGCAGCCCUCCUGUGCCCUCAGACCUGCUCCCGGUCAGGGCCUGGGACAACCUGUCCAGGUAUGUCUUUCUCUGUAGGGUCAAGGACCUUCACCUCCUCCUCGAGGUGCAUUUGUGUCCUGCCUUCUCUGGAAAUCUCUUGCCUUGCUACCUGACCUUUGCCCCCAGCCCACCCCUAGGCAGCUCUGACCCUGGAUGUCAUGCACUUCUGAUGUCCCCUUAGCCUGGAGGAUGCUGCACACAAGCUGUUAACCCCGGAGGGCUCACCACCUGCGGCUUUGCAGCAGGCCCCUCCGUGGGGUGUCUAGUGGGCCUGAUUCUGAUGUUUUCUACAAAUCAAAUUUCUACAUUCCAGUUUUUGUAUCUUUUCUUGAACUCUGUGUUAAAUGAUUGAAUAUUAAUUUUAUUAUAAAGACUACUGAAUGAUUUUCUCA